CGAUAUAAACGUUUUGGAACGAUUGUAUGUUCACAACAAAUAACAAUAAUAUCGUUAAUAUUUAUUAUUAAACGUAAUUUUAAACUUUGUCGAAACGUUCCGGUUUUUCUGUUCGCCACGUGAUAUUUACCCAAACGCUUUUUACUUUUAGUAUUUUUUUUUUUUUUUAAAUGUGUUUCAUAAAGUUUUGCGGCUUGAUAGUUGUCUCAAGAAUUGGCAUCCUCUUAUUGCCAAUUUCGUUCGCAUCGAUCACAAAUCACAGAUUUAACCAACAUUAAUUUAUUUCGGUUAGAGUGAGAAAUCAAUAUUUUAUUUAAUUGUGCUUACACAACUACUUUAUUCACCUACGUUUUAGAUUUCGUACGGCUACAAAAUCUUACCAAUAUUUUUGAUAUUCGUACUAUAAUUCGUAACCAUUACCUAUGGACAUCAAUUUGCAUUGCAAAUUUUUCUAAAAUUAAAAAUUAUCUACUUUAUAAACAAACUAUUAUUUGCCAUUCUUAUCGAAAUUAUAUUAAAAAUUAAUCUGUAGGCUUGCUGCAAAAUUACAAAAAUACAUUUAAAUUUAAUUUUAUAGUAUCCAUUAAAUACAUUUUUACAUUAUUUUUGAAAUAGAUAAAAAUAAUUUGUAUAUAUCUCAAAAUGGAUCAAAUGUUACCGAGUCCUGGGUUCAGUAUUCCCAGUAUUGGAACUCCUGUACAUCAACCAGAAGAGGAUCAGCAGAUUAUGCAAAUGCCUUCUUUGCAGCCACAAGGCUUAUCCAUGAGUACUAGUAGCUUACCAUCUCAACAACAAUCUAUGAAUAAAAUAUAUCAAACAAACAACAUGGGAUAUGCUACACCGCACAGUAUGAUGCAUUCUCAAACGCCCGUAAUAAUUUCAAUAUUUUCUCUUUGUGCUUGAAAAUACUAACCUAUUACCCUUAUUCAGGUACAUCAAAGUAUGCCAUCUUUAACAUCUAUCAGUUCUACAUCUUCAGCUGUACCAGCUCUACAAACCAUUCAAAACCCGGCUACGCCUGCUCCAAUGACUCCUAUGACACCAGCUUCAGCUGAUCCGGGAAUAGUUCCACAACUUCAGUAUGUAAACUUCAGGUAUACUUAUUAGUUGGAUUUAUUUAUAUUUGUUUGAAUUUCAAGGAAUAUAGUGUCAACAGUGAAUCUUGGUUGUCGACUUGAUUUGAAAACAAUUGCUUUACAUGCUCGCAAUGCUGAAUUCAAUCCAAAACGAUUUGCUGCUGUUAUAAUGAGAAUACGUGAACCGCGUACUACAGCUCUUAUUUUUAGUUCUGGUAAAAUGGUGUGUACUGGUGCAAAAAGUGAAGAAGAUUCUAGAUUAGCAGCAAGAAAAUAUGCUAGGAUUAUUCAAAAACUCAGUUUUCCAGUGAGUAAUGCACAAGAUAAAUAAUAAUAUAUCUACCUAUAUUAUAUCAUUUUUAGGCAAAGUUUUUGGAUUUUAAAAUUCAAAAUAUGGUUGGCAGUUGUGAUGUCAAAUUUCCUAUUCGUCUUGAAGGAUUAGUACUAACUCAUGGACAAUUUAGCAGGUUAUUUCAGUUUUAUUAUUAUUAUUACUAAUAUUAUUAAUUUCAAACCCUAAUAGUUUAAUAAAAUAAUAUUAUUGUUUUACAGUUAUGAACCAGAACUAUUUCCUGGCCUUAUUUACAGAAUGGUUAAACCGCGUAUUGUGUUACUUAUUUUUGUAUCAGGAAAAGUUGUAUUAACAGGUAUUUACUGCUUAUAAUUAAAUUUAUUUUUAUUACAUCAUGUCAUGUGUCUCAAAUAAUGAUGAACACAACUAAUAGUUACUAACAAACUAUUCGAUAUUAAUACAUAAUACACAAUUAAUUUUCAAAAGUGUGAAAUAAUCAAAAAUAUUGAUUAAUUAAAGGUUUUCAUCAAGUGCUCGAUUCUUAAUGCUCAGUUAAUCAAUAAUUUAAUUGAUUAAUUUAUAGAAUAACUGAAUAAUUAUAUUUCCUGCCAAUAUUUCGGUUUACUCAUUAAUGGUUUUUUUAAAUAAUCAAACCAUAAUUAAAAUACUUUAAAAAUUGUCAUAUCCAUGGUUAACCACUGUGAUACAGUACUGAGUAUUAUAGUGAACCAGUAGUGCAUUUAAUUAGUAUAGGAUUUGCAGUUUAUUAUAUCAACUAAGAAUAUUUUUAUUUGAAUAUCUAAUAUUAUUUAUGCAAAGAUUUUAUUUGAAGAUUUGAAACUUUAAUUUCAGUGUUUUUUUGUGAUAUUAGAGUAUUUAUUUAAUAUGUAAUGUAGUUUAUUGGUUUAAUAUGUAUUAAAUAUGAUCUAUAUUAUAUUGACGCUGUUUUGUUAUAAGGGCGUCUAUGAAGUUUCAUUUUUUUUCAGAAAGCAAAACAAUUUUUAAUGAUGUUUAUCAUGAAAAACAAUAGAAUUACUCCUACACACAAUACCUUAUACACAAAGUGUAUAUGCAUUUAAUGUGUUAUACACCCUUUUAUCAAAUCAGUGUUGAUUUAAUUAUAUUUUAAAAGGAUGCCAGGAUAUCUUUUAGUCGACUUUAUCAAUUUUAUUUUUUAUAUUUAAAUACUUUUUACCAGUUGAGGCUACUAAUUUUUCUGAUUUUUUCUAAUAUCAUAAGUGUAUUUAUGAUUUUUAGUGGUAUACUCCCUUUAACUAAACACCAUUGAUAUUAGAUUUUAUACAAGUCGUUUAAAUAAACAAUUGCUGAAUAUUAAGGAUCUUAAUAAAAACUUAAAUAAACUCUAAUGGAUUAAGCAAUGGCAAAAUAAUUUAAUUUAUGCAUUUUAUAAUUAGGUUUGAUAUGUGAGUAUCACAUUUAAGGUGUUGGUUUACUAUGAUACCAAGGUAUUUUAAUUUUUUAAUUACAUCAUGAAUGAUUAUUAAAUUUGUAGUUUUGUUUUUGUAUCUGUAUUUUAUUAAAAAGCGUAAAAAGUAUACAUUUAGUUUUAUUAAAAUUUAAUCUUAAAUUUUGUGAAGAAACCAUUAAUUUUUUUUUUUUAAAAAACUAUAAGAGUGAACAUUGAUCACCAAAUCAGAAUACAGAAACAUCUCGAUACUUAAAAAUACUAGAAAUGAGAUUAUCUUGGUCUAUUUACUUAAUAUUAGAUAUUUAUUUUAUUUUAUUUUGUAUAUGGACAAGCCCUUUAAAUACAUGGUAACAGUGUAACUUACUUAUUAGGAUGAUAUAUUUGUAUAUUAUUUGUUUUUAUAACAUUAGGUAAUUCAACUCUAUACAAACAAAAUAUUUAUGUACAGCUAUUUGCUAAGGUAUUUUUUUUCAAUUAUAUAUUAUAUUAUAUGGUAUAAAAAAGAAUUGAAUUCAAAUUUAAAUACAGUUAUUAAUAUAGUAGAUAUGGUACUAUAAUUAUUAUCCUGUGAAAAGAGCUUUAGUAUAAUAUGUUUUUGUAUUUUGACUUUUAUUUUUCAUAAAUUAUUCAAUAUAAAUAGAUAUAUUAAUUAAAUAAAUUAUACAAAUUAUAGGUUUGUACUGAAGUAAUUCAAAUAGUAUAUUUACCAAGCAAUAAUUCAAUAUGAUUUGCUUAUUUAGGGGGUCUGUUGUUAAUGUACUGAAACUUUAUUAUUAAUUCACUCAAGAAAAAUAAUUAACCAAUUUUUACAAAAAUUUACUAUUUUAAAAAAAAAAAACCCCCGUUUUAUGUAUGGUAAAAAAAUCUAAUUAAUUGGAUAAAUGUAUUUAAAAAAGUUUUCAUAGAAUAUGAUACAGAAGUAAUCUAUUUAAACAAAUCUUUCAAUUAAACAUGUGUGGACCUAGUCACUAACUUAUUUUAAUUCUAUACCUGUUAUAACAUAAUCUGUAAAACUUUAAAAUAUACUAAUCAAAAUACAAAAUAUAAAAUUUUAAGUUUUAGUAUCUCUUAUAUUUAUAUAUCAAAUUUGUUGUUCUCUAUUACCAAUUAUGUUCUUAUACAUUAUGAAAGCUAUAAAUGUUUACCUUCAACACAAGCCCAACUUUUAUAGAAGAUAGUUAGUUCAAUCAAUAUAUUUAUUUAUGUGAUAUCAUGUACAUAUAUUUUAAUAAUAAUUGAAACAAACGUACCAACUUCUAAAUUGUUGGUAUUGCCCAUCUAUAUUAUUGAAAAAUCUGUUAAUUCUACUAUGAUAUUAAUUUUUAUUUUUCUGUCUGUAAAUUACUUUUAUCAGAAAUAUUGUUCUGGUCAUCAAUUCUAGGGGUUAUUUCUUGAAGUAAAUUUUAUCUAGUUCGUGCAUUAGGUAAUUUUUUUUUAUUUUAUUUUUUUUAUUCCGCUUGUAGUUUUUUUAAUAAUAAUUAGGAAAGGUGGGAAAAUGUAUAAUUUUAUUUUUUAACUCAUAUCUUUGUUACAAUGCAUUUAAAAAUAAUCAUGUAAACAAAGUUAUCAAAGAAUACUUAUAUUAGCUCUUUCUAGACGUGAUGAACAAUUUUGUCAUAACAAACAUUUUUGAAAAUCACAAAUUUUCAUCAUAAGAACCCAUGCUAAAUAAUGAAGUUUUUAUAUAUAUAUAUAUAUAAUAUUUAUAAUAAAAGUAUGUAUUGUUCAAAUUAGUUCAAAUUUUGACUAAAAUCAUAAAAAUCCAUCCAUAAAAACUUCUUUUACUUUAUAGAGUUAUUUAAAAAAUUGAAUGUAAUGUCAUAGUUAAUUUUUAUAAGUGUUUUAAGUUAAAAUAACACCGGUAUUGUGUAAAUAUUCCCUUUCUCCAGUUAUUUUUCCCCCAGUAUCAAGAAAGCUAUUAGGAAUAUAAAAUAAUUAAUCUCCCAAUGUACCCAAUAGGUAAAAUAAGACAUUAAUACCCUUAUAUGUUAAUGGUUAUCCUUGAAUUUCUAAUAGAACUUAACUUAAUAGUUUAGUUCAAAUAGUUUAUAUUGGAAUAGUUAGGGCUAGUUUAAAGUGUAAGCUUAGGCCUUGGUGGCAAUUGCUUUAUUUUUUUUGGGGGGGGAGGUGAUAUUCUUUUAUCCAGUUGUAGAAAAUCUAAUAUACAAUUGAAUUUAACUUUUUAUUAGUAAAAACAUUACAAAAUUAACAAUCAGGUUAUGGAAAUACUUAGAGCAGAGAAUUUUACUAAGGAAGAAAAUAACUUUUAAAAAUUAAAAAUAAUUAUGCAAUUAUUGUGAUUAAAAAUGUCUUAACACUGUUUGGUAGAGUUAACAAUUAACAAAUAAACAAAUUACAAUUUGAGUUAUAAAUUAAAUUUCCAAUAAACUGAUAAACCAUUUCUAAUGAAAAACUAUUUUGAGCAAAGUUUGGUUAUAUUAGCAAUAGCAUAUUACAAUUAAUACUAGCUAUUUUAUAUUUUCAUAUUUUUAUUUGUUAGGUAUCUGUUAUUAAAAUUAUAUGACUUAAAAGAAAUACUUGAAGUUUGAAAAUAAUAAUAUAUUAUAAGUUGUACUUAGUGUUCAAAAAAACAAAUUUGAGUUAUAUGCAUUAGUUUUUUUUUUUCAUAAGCAUUAGUAAGAUCAAAUUUUAAUCAAAAUUGUAAAAUUUAAGAUAUUUCAAAGUAUGUCUUACUAAACUUAAAAACAUUUCCAAACUUCGUAUCAGCUCUUUCUAUGUUUUUUUCCAAAUAUUUAGAAAAUUGUGAAACAAAGUUAAUGUUAUAAAAAAUGGCAUUAGAUAUUUAAUAUAGGUAACAUAUUAGCAUAACUUUAAUGUUGUAUUUCAAAGAAUAAUCAAAUGUGUUCUGUGCAAACUGACCAUAACCAUAAAAUAUUGUUUAAAUUUUUUUUUCUUUAAAUACAAAUAUUUUAUUAAUAUCGGGAGAUAUUCAACUAUGUUAUAUACUUAGUUAUAAAUUAAACUACUCAAUUCAGAAUAAGAACACACCCAGCGCCAGACAAAAAAGUGACGGUCAGGCAGCGUGCAUGAGCAAACUGGUGCGCUCUUAUUCUUUUAGACUGAUAUUAAUUUGCUUUAUAUGUUUUAAUUUAGAAUGCAACAGAUUUAAAUAAUAAUGAUAAUGUAAUAUUUCAUUUACAGGUGCCAAAGUACGUCAAGAGAUUUAUGAUGCUUACGAUAAUAUUUAUCCAAUACUGAAAAGUUUUAAAAAAAAUUAAGAUUAUUUAAUAUGAACAAUGUGUUUUUAUUUUAUUUAACUUAUUACAUUCAUUAAUUAUAUUUUAAGGGUUUUUCUCGACUUCAUAUGUAUUUUAAGUAAUAGUAUUUAAUUUUGAUAUUAUUACUAGCCUAAUAAUUUUUUUUUUAUUUCCAUGCCUUAUGAUAAAUCUAAACAAAAAAUAUGUACAAAAACCUAAAAUGGUACUAAAACUAAUAAUAAUAAAUAAAUUAAAUUAAAUUAAAUUGUUGACUUAAUUAUAUAUUUUAAAAAACUAUAAAACUAUAAUAUUUAUUGUAUUCGAUAAGUAUUGAUAAUCAUUGAAAUUAUUCAAAUUGAAUUAAUUUACAAUAUAGCGUAUAAAUUCUAAACUAGUAUAAUUAAUAAUUACAUACUUCUUAUCUAACUAUGUUAUUAAAUAUGUAUUUUUAAUUGUUAAACUAUAAAAUAUAUACAGCUCAGUUCUCAACACUUUAAUAUUGUGUGCUUUCAGUUGACAAAAAAAGUCAACAGAUACAAUUAAUAAUAUGUUUAAAUUUAAUAGGUAGUGGAUUUUAAGAGUCAAAUUCAACUUACUCAAGACAAAGAUGAAUAAAACAAAUUUUAUUCAACAAUGUUCAAUUAUGAAUGAAUUGUGAUUCACUAAACCAAGUUUCUUAUCAGAUUUAUUAUUUUUUAAUUCCAUCCAAUAAUUUACCAACUGUGUAAUCACAACAGUAUACAUUUUAGUAAAAAACAUAGAUUAAAGAGACCUUAUUAUAUGAUAUAAUAUGAAAUGGAAAUAAAAACAUAACAAUGUAAACAAACCAUAGAAAAUAUUUUAUUUAUAAUACAAUAUUUAUUGUACUUAAAUUAUUUUACUCAAUAUAAAUAUCACUAUACUCUGUCCACGAGAGCAUGUCGCGCGAUAACGAAAAUUAAUCGGCUCUGAGCAUAUCCAUCGUUAUGAGCGAUGAAAUUUGAAUGCAUUGAAGAGAUAUGAUGGCCCGAUCUGUCAAUGUUAUUAUUGUCAUACAAUGAAUAUGAAUAUAUUAAGUUGACAAACUAGCAAAUAAAUAUAAUAAAAUGCAAUUUUUUUUUUUAAUGUAAUAAAUAAUCAAAACUAUUGUUUAAGUUAUAUAUUUAUUGCACAACUUAAUUAAGACAUUAACAGGAACAGCUAAUGAUGCAUACAUUUUUUAUUUUUAUAUUACACUUGCAUAAUUUAUUUUGCUCAAUAACUAGUUUUACCAGUUCAAACGUUAAUUCUCUUUAUACAACUAAAAGUUUUACAUUAUAUUUCAAAUGAGUCAAUUUACAAUUUACAAUUUACAAUAAAUAAUAUGAAAAUAAAAUAUUAAAAAACUAAUAAUAAUAACAUAAAUUCUCACAAUACAAUCAUGAAUUAACUAUGUCGGAUUCAUAAAAAAUAGCCAACAUAAGGUCAAUUUUACCUGUAAGGGUGUGGUGUUCCAGCACCCUUUACAUUAGCUUUCAUUCCAGGGGGUGGUUUGGGCAUCAUGCCCAUUGGUGGUGUAUUGGGACCCAUGCCAGGAGUCACGGGUCUUCCAGUGGGUGGUACCAUCAUACCGCCGGGAGACACCUGUGGUACCAUUGGCUUUAGAUUUUUGCCCAUACUUACUGCCGACACUAGUGUAUGCAAGUCGGCUACAGAUGAUGUUUGGCCAAUGCCCACUCGAGCUCCAGUUUCCACUUCCCAUUCUUCUCGAGCCUUAGACACCAGAUCCAAGACAUGGUUGACGACUUUGUUGAACGCUGCUAGUUGUUUCUGUGCUGUCUCAAACUGUAGUCCACCAGCUUUGUGCUCUACCUAA